GUCUCCGACCAGUCGCAGUCCGACGGUUUUCGGGCGAACUGGGCACCACCGCCACACGCCGUCCUCGAACACUCGCGUCAGCACUUGUCUGCCGCCGCCGCCGCCGCCGCCGCCGCCGACGCCACCAUGCCUUCGGUGGGAUCCGCGUACCCGCAGGACCCGUCCGAACAACCUGUGGUCAAAAAAACCGAAUACUCGUUCGCCAGUGAGUACCCUGUAUAAUAUCGGUAAUAAAUAAUAUUCGAUAUUUUAACGACAAAAACGCGUAACAUAUUUGUAUCCGCGCGAGUCAGCACGGAUUCGCGGCCGAAUCGAUUGAUUCCGUGCCCCAACGCCGCCGACGACGACGGGUCUCGAUAGUAACAACAAUAAUAAUAUUAUCGUUAUCACGCGGGUCGUGAUUGUGGCUUGGUUUUGUUGUUGACGGAAGGUUCGGCGUAAACCACGACCGAGUCGACGACGUAGUGUUUCGUAUAUAGAAACGGUGCUUUUUCCCGUUUUAUUUACCCCCACCUUCACCCCUCACACCCCGAUCCCAAUGAUCUGUUUACACGCGUCCUUCGUUUCCUGUUUACGAUCGUAUUAAAGCCGGCACUGUCUCGAUAGAAAAAAAAAAACCCAACAACAACUCGGUUCGACGGAAUCGCGUAUUACUACGUUUAUAAUGCGAAAAUUGUUCGUUCAGGAAAAAAAAAAAAAAUAUUUCUACGGCGCGUCGGGCGAUUGGCGUGUUACGCGGCGUGUUUAUACGAUCGGGUUAGGCCGGGUUUGUUUAGGUUAGGCCUGUUUUAAUUUACGGGGUUUACGACUCGAUAUGCCCGUACGAUUGCGAUAACGAUGUUAUUUUCAACUUGAAACAUUUCGAUCGGAACAAAUUACGUGAGCGUUACACGUAUCCAUAUGCGUGAUCGGACAUAAAAAUUAAACGUUGGUACGCCAGUUUUUUUUUUUUUUGUUCGGGGUAGAACUCCCGAUAAUCCGACACAGACCCCGCGCAGUACUGUCGGAUUGUUGAAAAACCCGGACGUUCAAAAACAGAAAUCGGGUGAAAAUUAAAAUCGAUUUAUUUCCGUUACACUUUAAUUGAAUUAAAAAUUUAAUUAUUUAUUCGCUAUAUUUAUUGCGACGAACAAUAAUCUUCAAUCCCCAAAACGAAACCACUGUCGUCGGCAUUGUAUGUUUGGUCUGAUGAGUGCGCUUCUCGUACACGUUGUUCUUGAAAAGGUGACGAAUACGGCCAGUGACGGCGUGAAAAUUGUUUUCCGACGAUGCAGUUUCAGUAAAAUCGGGGGUUAUAACUGAGGCUCUAUUAUGUUGAUGUGUAUACUAUUUAGUAUUUAUGUUCCAGUACUUUACCUUUUUCGCUAACACAUCUUGCGAAUUAUUAUAAAUUGCCACACAUGCCCGCACCUAAUUAAUUCACAAAGCAGCUGCUUUAUAAUAGAUACCGGUUUACGCCGCCACUAAAUACGGCCGAUCCGUUACUACAGAUAACUUUAAACGGUCCGAUUUACGCGCUACGUAUAUAAUAUAAUAUUAUUAUGCUAUUAUCAUCGUCGACGAGUUUUUUUUUUAAAAUUUUCGACAAUAUUGUCGGAAGGUUCAAUUAUGUUGAACUAUAUUUUGAAAGCGACAAUCCAAUAAUGAAAUAUUAUAUAGCCGAACACGGUGAAAACGCGUCCGAUUAUCAAGACUGAAUCCGAUAUUUGUUUUUAAAAUAUUGUUUCCGCUGAAAAUAUUUUCUUAUUUAUGUUACCUUGUACGUAUAGAAAAUUCGAUAUCAAUUUUAUCUUGAAUCUAACAUCGUAUUGCACCCGCAUGUGUAGUCACUUAUUAUAAGUAUCGCGCGAGGUCGUUAUCAUAUUUACUUAUAUAUUAUAAGUUACGAGGGAACGAUAAUAUCGAUUUCGUUUGGUUUUAAGACUGUUGCGCAGUAAUACAAUAUGACGUAUUAUUAUAAUAAUUAUAGCGAACAGAGAAAAACCGAGGGCGAAACCAAAUCGGCAAACAAGAAAAAAAAUACAAGUAUUCCCCUAUCUAAUUCGUGUUCAGUAUAAAAUAUUAUAAUAUAGAACGUCGGUUGUUAAUAAUAUCAUUAGGAAUAUUUCGGAACCGGAAGUGACUGCUGCAGAUAAUAUGACGGCGAUGCGUAGGACGCGUGUUAUGUGCAUAGCGGGAUAGCGAAUUACAACGUUCAUUUCAAUCGCGUUUGCAAAACAAAGGAAACCUGAAUAUAAAAUUGCAACUUUAUUACGGAUAUCUUAUGGUAGUCGACUAUUACUCGUCCGUCCACACUAGAUCACCUAAAGUUCCUCAUCGUCGCUACGCCGUCAUCGACGAAUCUUUCAUAUCCCUGUACUGGCGCAUUACAGUCGAUAUCGGUUUGAAGGCAUUCUUCUACUAUAAAAUACUAUUGUAAUUUGUUGGCCGUUUCAUAUAAAACACUAUAGACAGGAUAGCCGACUGUUAUUAUUUGAGACCGACCCCCUCGAGAUUCUAAACGCGUUGAAGAAUUUGCCGCCAUAUGCUUGUCGGGGAAAUGUUUCUAUAUUUUCAAUGUGAUUAAGGUUGUUGUCGUUUUGUCACACGAGUAUAAAGAAUGACGGAUUUAAGGGCAAAGCCGUACUCUCCAUUAACUUAACGUCUACGUUAAAAAUAAAAAAUUUGUAAGGCUAUGGAAACUCGGCGACCGUAUAUCUUAGAAUUUCCCGAGUCCCGGACAAAUAGGUUGACAAAAAAAAAAAAGGUCUUUUCGUGCGAGAAAAUUAUCAAACUGCAGUCGUAUUAUUGGUAUAAUUGUGUUGUGAGAAACUGGAUUAUUGCUGUAAAAGAAUUGUCAUCUCGCUGUGAGUGGUAAUUUUUUACCGAACGGAAAAUCGUAUUUGUGCAGAUAUCUAACUGAUCCAUUGUGACGUAUAGAGCGUUUUUUGUUAAUUGGUGAACAUAAUUUUUAUUGUAUAUGCAGUGGCGAAACGAAUCAGGUAUUUAAAAAACGGUUGCUUUUAGAUUUUUUUUAUAUAUGAUUUAGAGGUGGGUGGUUAUUCAAUAUGAAAACGAAUAAAAUAUUAGUCCACGUUAACUAUUAAUUUACUAAAAACAUGCGAAGUUGAGGAUUUCAAAUACUUUGGCGUUUAAUGUCAAUAGCAAAAAUUACACUCAUAUAGAAAUAAAAGAACAAAUUUCGAGUGGAAAUAGAUGUUAUCUCAGUAUUAUGAAACUCUUGAGAUCUAAAUUGGUAUCCAGAGAGUCAAAGAUUCUUUUGUAUAUCAUAGUUGUUAUCUUCCACCUUAAAAACCCUUUGUGUACGAAACUUAGUUAUUGACUAAAUACGACUGCAUUAGACUUAUCCACGAAAGGAAAGUUUUACGAAAUAUAUACGGGCUAAUUUUUAACCCGGGAAUACAGACAUAUGAAAGAAAAAACAAUGCAAAUAUAAAAAGACUAUGUAUUAAACCUGCAGGCAUAUUUUCCUUUAUUUGGAGAAAAUGGCUAGAAUGGUUCGGACUCGCAUGGAGAGCAGAUGGCCAGCUACUUAAAGACGAUUUAGUCAACAAAAUAAAUAAAACAAGAUCUUCGGGACGACCCAAAACCCGAUGGAUUGUCGUAUAGUUAUUAAAGAUUUAGUAAUGAUAGACAGGAGUGUAACCUUGCAAACAACGUAUCAGAGAAAGAGAGAGAUGGAGGGAGAUUUUUAUAGCAGCGCUGGUUCUAAGUUAAGGUGACGAAGAAGAAGAAAAAAAAGCGAACAUAUUGGGUAUAUAUUAUUGGGUAUGUGUAGGAAUAUAAUCAAAAUGUUGUGAAAUAUUGACGGGUAUAUGGGUGGUGGGUAAAUUAGGUAAAUUAUAGGUUGCUUCUUGUUUAUUUAAGGCCACUGGGUAUAUGCGAUGUACGCGAUGGACUCAACAAACGGUUAUAAUUAUAAUACUAUAACACGUCGUCGUAUCGUAUACGCUAUAAUAUAUUGUGUAUAUUGACAUAGACAUAAUGAAAUUCGUGCGCCGUGUGCGCGCGAAGCUACAUUAUAAUACGGUCGGUUUGAGGACGUUUUUCGAUUUUUAAUCGAACCGCGACGUGAAGUUCGAAGGUCGCGAUCGUUUUAUAAAUAUUUUAUUUAUUUUGACAUUUGAAACUUUCCGUAAUGAUGACAUAAUACUUAUAGCGUGCCACCUCGACGUAUGUUACCCGAGAACUGUCGAGAUAUAUUUUGAAAAAUCUCUCGAAAAUACCGCGAGCGUAUACGUUUUUCGAGUGUUUUUGUCGCGGCUCUCAAUCAAAUUGCUUCAAAAUAAAUUUGUUACGUUCGAAGUACCGGGUAUACGUAAUACCUGCACGGAAAUUAUUAUCAAACCGCUUUAUAAGUACGAAACGCAAACGAUUUGACAUUCUAUCGAUAUAAAGUUAUAUUAAUGUCAGACAUUUUUUUAUUAUAUUAUAAUAUAAUGAUCAGUAUGUGUUUAAUGUUUCGCGUUUGGGGUUUUUUUUUUUUAAAUUAAUCCGAUAAUUUUAGUUUUUGCCCACCGCGGAAUUAUAUAGAUAUUCUUGUUUUGGAAUCAAAAACGCGUUUUUUGACGAUCUUAUAGGUAGUUGACGAUUUUAUAGAUAGUACCUAAAUAUUAAGAGGACGCCGUCUACGGCUAUAUACGUCUGUAAACGCACAACGUAGAAAAUUUGCGUCCAACUUUGAAGAAAAAUUUAAUCGACGUAACGACGAAUAUGAAAACUUAUUCAUUUUGGGCGACAAGCGAUUGGAUACGUUCGUCGCACGUAUAAUAAUAUUAUUUCUGACAGUUCAACCGAAUUCGAAAUCUAAAAUAAUUAAUGCGAUUUGUUGCGCUUACAAAGAAAUUCUAAUGAGGGAGAGGGGAAUUGUCGAUGUUCGACAUUAUUAAUUAAUGUAAACGUAAACAGUAUAAUAGUGUGUAUACCACGAAACGUAACUUUUAAUCACCUGGUCGAGUAGUUCGUUAAAUUUGUGUAAUACGGUGAAAAUUAAAAUUAAAAUUAGUUAAAUUAAAAUUAAGUUCAAUCGAAUAUAUUAUUAUGUAUUUGCUGUACCGAAUUAAUAAAAUAAAAUAACGUGUAGUUUACUGUGCGGUAUAAUAUGCAUUUAAAGUGAAUUUACUCGCCAUUUAUAACGCGUGCUACAUACUAAAUAAGUGUUCAUUAACAAAACCAAAAACAACAAUAACAACAAAAUAAAAAAAAAAUAAAAAAUUAAUCAAGUACUUACACAAAAAAACGUGGACGCGAGGGAAUUUAAAGGUACUUUUAAACAAACCAGUGUGCAAAUUUACGGAUUACAGAGGUUAGCAUUUAUAUUGUAUAUUACAUACGUGCGGUCGGUUAAUACACUUUCGAGUUUCUAUCCGUUAAAGUUUGGUAUCGCAUAAUUAUGUUUCGUGUUUGAAUAAAUAGUUAAAAUUCGUAUACGCAGAUACCUCACGUACGUCUUGUAAUAGGCAUCCGCCAAUUAAUACUAUAUAAUAUUGUUUGUACAAGCAAAUUCACUUAAAUAUAAGUAAUAUUUUGCUAUCGGUAUAGGUUUAGCAUAAUAUUCUAAACGCCUUAAAAAUCAUUCAUUACUUUUACAUAUGUAUAUAUAAUAUACAAGCAGUGCUGUAAUAUAUCUAGAUACAUGUUUCUAAGAUACGGUAACUAAAUACUUUUUUGUAUCUUGUAUCUGUAUCUACAGAUAUUUUCUAAAAAGAUGUAUUUGUAUCUGUAUCUUAUAGAUGCAAAAUAUUUUAUCGAAAGUAUUUAAGAUACAUUUUAAGAUACAAUUCUUACUUUUUUGGUUCAACAAAAUUCAAAAAUAAAAUGUAAAAUUGUAAAAUCUAAUUCUUUUUAAACAAAAUUUCAACAAUUUUUUGUUGAUAUAUAUUAUUUUCUGAUUUAUUUAUCAUUAUAAAUUAUUACGUAUGAGUGUAUGAAUAUUGUGUAUUGACUAGUGGAUAAUGCCCAUUAUUUAUUUUAUAUUUACCAAUAAUACUUAACCAAUAUUUUAAUAUUGUCAUACAUUAUGUAUUAUAAAUGAAAAUGACUGUGUUAUAACUUAUACUUUAUAAGAAUAUUGUAAAAUUAUAUUUUAAAACUGACAUAAAAAUAUUGAUACAAAUUAUUGUAUCAUAAAUUAUGUACCUAUUAUUUGUUUUUUUAUAAUUGUGUAAUUCUAUAUUUCGAAUGGAUUAAAUAUUUAUAAAAAAAAUUAACUGUUUUUUUAAAUGUAUCUUGAGAUAUUUGUAUCUGUAUUUAGAUACUAAUUUAAUGUAUUUUAUUACAGCACUGUAUAUAAGGUGUUUCAUUGCUGUGUUUGAUGGAUUUUUAUAAUUAAUUAAUAUAAAUUAGGAUUUUUUUUCAAUUUGCUUUUCUUUGAUAGGUGACAUUAAUUCAGAGAAAAAAUACAUUUUUAUUUUCAUUCCCUACUUUAUAAAAUAAAAUAAACUUUAUUUAUUUACUUUACAAAAUUUUCAAAAUAGCCAUUUUGUAAAACACGCUGUUCUAAAAAUGUUAAUGUAUUAUACAUUUGUGUUAUUUGAUCAAUAGUUUCUUAGUAACAGCUGUUUUAAUCUCAAGAGAAAAAGCGUGAACAACUUGACUAAGACGUAACGGAAUAAAUGGAUUUAUUGUGUUAUAAAUUGAAAAUGUUAUAAAUUAAAAUGAUUGUUACUAUAAAACUAUUGAUCGGGUAUCAAUGUAUGAUAUAUUUCAAUUUUUGGAAUAAUAUCUUGAUUAAUAAUAAUGAUUAUUUUUAAAAUUGUAUAAAGUGAAUAAAUAAAGUUAUUUAUUUUUUUAGUGAUUAGAGAUGAAAAUAUGAAUUUAAUUUUUCUUUAAAUGGACGUCUCUAUCAAAGAAAAAGCCAAUUAAAAACAAAAUUUAAAUUUGAAUAUUUACAGCUCUAGAAAAAUCCGUUGAACACGGUGGAACACCUUGUAUAAUCGUAAAAAUAUCAACUUUAAAUGUAUGUGGCUUACAAGUAGAUAUUUACCUAGACAGCUACUUAAUUUUGUUUUCCAGCAAAUUUCGUUACCUAGUAAAAAAUAUUUUAUGCAACCACAAUAUUCAAUUUAUUUAUGUAAACCGAUUUGAAUAUUAUGCGCAUAACUGGGUACGUACCUUAAAAAAUGUUAUUUUUUAUAGGGAUAAAUUUAUUCUCCUUUACGGGUAAACAGAAUUAGCCUUUAUUUUGGGUGUAAAUUUAAAACUGUAGAUGGCCGUGAGCGUUAUAUAUACAUAUUUUAGUAUCUACAUUGUUAUUUUCUCAGUGAACAAAUUUUUAAGUUUAUUAUUUGUUUUUUUUUUUUCUAUGAUAAAUUAAAUGUUUAAAAUAGGUAAAAUUUCAUGUUAUGAACUUUUAUAUUCUGAGUGAAGCGAGGGAUCUAUUGGUUUUAUUAAUAUGUAUUUUUAUUUUUUCUGUCUGUAAAUAACGUUUCUCUUAGAAAUUUAGUUCCAAUCAAAGUAUGACAAGAGACCUUUUUUGUUGAAUUUUGUUUCUAGUUGGUACUUUAAUAUUUGAGAUAAUGAGAAAUAACUGAUUCUUUGGGUUAAAAAAAGGUUAAAAAAUUAAAAAUAAAUUUGUUAUUGGCAACUGUUUUAUUUAUUUAUUUUUGUUAUUAUUAUAAUUUGUUGAUGUUUUUUUAUACAAUUAUUGUGAAAACGUAUAUUAUUGAAAAAAAAAAUGAUAUUGAUCGAACUGUGCUCAAAAUCCUUUUACGUUAGAAGUAAUUAAUCAUUGCGUAUAGAUAUAAAUUAUUUCCCUACAUCCUACAUUCCAAACUUCCAACCUACAACAGUAGCCACACCCGUUCAGCUUUUUUUUAAUUUAGAAUUAUGGUGAGAAGGCCAUAUUGAGAACAUCAAUUGUGUUCUCAAAAGUAAUGCACUGUUAACUUCAAAUUAAAAAGAGAGCUGGUACUGGGAAUGGGUGUAGCUACUGUUGUAGGUGGGAAGUUGGGAAGAUAGGAUACAGAGAGAAAUUUAAUUUAUAUCUGUAUGUAACGAUAAUAGUGCACUUUUAAGUGCACAAUGGGCGUUUUUUUUUGUUCCAAGUAACAGGUAUUGUUAAAAUUGUCUAAUUUUUAGAUUCUGAGCGUAGCGAGGGAGCGAGGAGUUUUACAAUGGUAUUUAAUUUUUUCUUUUUUCUUUCUUUGUUCUAAACUGUGGAUACGAUUUUUCCUAGUAUACUUGCUGCGAUUUUUACGUGUAGCAAAUUUUCUGAAAGAUCAAGUUGUCUAUAUAGUACUUUAAAGAGGUAAUUUUUUCAUUUCCGAUGCCAUUUUUUAAAUAAAAGAAAUUGGUAAAGAAAAAGUGGGAAAACGUACAAUUUCAGGAUUUCAUUAUUUUAUAAAAACAGGGAUACUUUUUUUGUUGCUUUUUUGAUUUAAUUGCUUACGGUAUCAUCACCAAAACUUUUGAGCUUUUAAGGAAUUUUAAUUUUUGGGAGUUUUUUUUCUGUAAUUUGGUUAUAAAUACACGUAGAGACUUGAAACUUGGUAUUAAUACUUAUAUUAGACCCACGCUUACACGUGGUAAAAUUUCCAAAAUCAUCAGACCAUAUUUUUUUAAAUUUUUUUUUAAUAAGCGUUUUGAAAUCGAAUUUAAACGAAAAUCGCAAAAAAAAACUACGACAAUUAAAAUUAUUUAUUACACCGAACUAUGCUCGGAAUCGUUUUUCGUCAGCAAUGGUUUAUCGUUGCUUAUACACAUGAAUGAAAUAACCUGAAGCAUCUUACCUUUCGAACUUCCCACCUACAACAGUGGCCUCUCCCAUUCUAGGUAUCAGCUCUCUUUUUGUCUUCUUCUUCUUUGUUCUAGUCCGUGGACAUAUUUAUUCCUAAUAAACUCCGAUGCAUAAGUGUAGCGCCUUUUUUAUUUUGACUAUCUCGAAGAAGUUCUUGAUGAUGUUUUGAAUAAAAAAUAAAACAAAAAUAUUGAAAACAAAACUUAUUUUGUCAAUUUGUUAACUAAAAGAAAAAAUAUAAGUGGUAAAUAUAUUUUACGUGAUUGUAUUUUGUACACAGUUGAACAGGAUACAGAGUAACAGGGUACAGGAAAAAACAGAAUAGUCACUUCAAAUAUAGUUAAUACGAUUUUUCUGUUAUAUUUAAUGUGAUUGUUAUUAUCAAAUAUAAUUUAAUUCUGUUUACUAUAUUUCAAAGUUAAACAUUUAAAUUAAUACUAACUUUUUAAUAAACAAAAUGUUAAUUUUUGAAAUUAAAAACAUAUAUUUCUAAGAUUGAAAAAAAAGCGAUUUUUCUGGUUUUUUUCUUGUAUCUUUCAAUUAAAAAUUAAAUUUGUUUUAAGUACGUAUAAACACGAUUUCAUAUUUAAAUGCGCUUUUUAACAAACAUUUAAAUAUUGAUUAGAUUGUAUUAUAUUAAGUAUUGUUUUUAAAUUCAGAAACCUUUUAGAAAAUUGCGUUUAACAAUAUUGUAAUUAAAAAACUUUUUCUCUCUUUAUCUUCUACUUAAAACGUGUUUACUUUAUUUAAUUCAAAUUAGGAAAAUGUUUUUUUAUAUCUUUUAAACUUUUAGAUACUUAAUUCAUAUUUUACAUCAAUAAUGUUGAUACUGAGUCCUCUAUGUUUAUCUUUAAACAAAAAGUUUUUAUUUUAUGUUUAGUUUAAUUAAUUUUAGUUUUAGAUAAUUAACUGUAUAAUUAUUGUUAAUUUGAUUUUAGUUAUUACAAUGUAUUUUACUAUAUAGAGUAAAACUCAUAUUUUGAUUAAAGUUAGUAUAACAUGUUAUUAUAUUUGUUUCUAUGUAAGAAGGACUUAAGCGAAUUUCAUAAAAAAAACUUUGAAAAUAAUAAAAAAAAUGAUUAAAAUUAUUGAAAAGAAUUCCAUAAGAAAACUAUAAAAUGUGACUUUAGCCUUUCUUCUUUGAGAUUAAAAAUUCAUAGUAAAUAUAUGUUUCAGUUUUCAAUAUUAUAAGUAGUUAUAACAUAUAAACUCAUUCAAAUAAUAUUUGAUUCAGCAGUUCAAUCUAAUUUUACUUAAACUAUGGAUUGAAAACGGUUUUAUAAUUAUAGUAAAAUAUUACGUAUGUUGUGUAAGAGUAUGUGAUUUUGGUUAAAGGUUUAUUGAAAAAAUAAACCUUAUAUUAUAUUGUAAUAAAUAUUAUAUAAUAUUUUUGAUUGAUAAAUUAUGUUUUAUUUCAGAUUAUGGUUUGAAUACAACUUUGUACAUAGGGGGAAGUGCAGUUUUGGUUCUGAGUGUUUUAAUUUUUGCGUGUCACAUUUGUGCUAAGAAAAAACUAUUGUGGUUUAAAAAUAAAAGCAAACUUCCCACUGCUGCAUCAGAACCACAUUUGGCAUUUUAUCACAGAAAGCCAACAGCCAUAAAAUCGGUCAAAAACUCAGGUGGAUCGCAUUAUUUGAAAAAGAGUCCUAGUCCUACUGAUAGUAAAACACUUGUUGUAUGUCUUGUUUAACAAUUUAUUCAAAUGCUCUUUAUUACAACAUUUUUGUUUUAUGAUUUAAUAAGGGUGAUGGAAGUAUCAGUCCCAUUGGAUCGGAGAAAAUUUCUAGACAUUCACCGACCAUAAGUCCAACUUGUGAACAAAAAACUGUGCAACCUCCCACACAUACGCUGUCGUAAGUUAUUAUUAUUCUUUAUUUUAUUUUUAUUUUGGUAUUUUCAUAAACCUGAAUUUAAGCCAAUACUGUCAAUAAAGUAACAUUUUUAUUACUAUAAUAAAGGAUUCAACGGUAAAAGGUAACGGGGAAGGCAUAAAAUAUGUACGAAGAGCAUCCUAAGAGGUUUUAUUAUUUAAGAGAGAAGUAGGUUUAGACGUAAUCAUAUUUUUAGACGUCGGGUUAGGUUAACUGGAAUAUGAUUGAUGGCAAGUAUAUUCAGGCUUACUAUAAAUUAGUGAAUUUUAUGGUAUAUAUGUAAAUUUGAUAUUUUUUUUUUUAUAAGGGAAGUGUACUUAAGUAAAUUAAAUUGUGACGUAGAUGUUUGAGAAGUAUGUCAUAUUAGUAGUGAUGUGUUAUGAUAAUUAAGUUGAUAAAGAUGUAAUGGAAGGUUUAGAUACAUAUUAAUAUCAGAUGAGUCUGGUAAAUAUAGACGGGAUACCGUAGAGCUAAUUAUUUGGUAUGAUUAUAGCUGAUAUAUUAUUGUUUGUUUAUUUUAGAUUCUGAGUGGAGCGAGGAAUGUAUUGGUUUAACAAAGAUGUUUAUUUUUAAAAUUAUUUUUAUGUGAACACUUUUUCUAACAGAAAGCAUACUUCGAUUAUCAAAUAUAGCACCUUUUUCGAAAGAAAAUGUUUCUUGGGAUGUUCUUUAAAGCGGUUAUUUUUUGAAAUUCUCAUUAAUGUUCGAGAUAACGAGAAAAACUUGGUUAUUUAAGUUAAAAAAGAUUGAACAGUUAAAAAUAAGGUUGUCAUUUAAACCGUUUGUAUUUAUUUUUUGUUACUAUUAAGUUUUUAUUAUUUUAAUUUUUUUCCAACAAUAAUUGUUGUCAUGCAAAUGCAUAUUAUACUUUAUUAUGAUAUACGAUACAUCUAUAUCUAUAUAUAUAAAUUGUUGACAAAGCAUAACUAUCAAUUGAACUCCGCUCAGAAUAGUAUAUUCGUUAGCAAUGGUUUAUCGUUGCUUACAGAUACACAUUAAAUUGCCUUCUGUAUCCUACCUUCCCAACUAUCUACCUACAACAGUAGCUGCACUCACGUGCGAAGUUGUUCCGAAAUUUUUAAGCAUAGUUUUAAAACACAAAUUAUCGAAUUAAAAAUAUUGACAUUUUAAUUUAUUUUGUAUACGAAAUGUGUUAAUAUCGGUUGACUAGAAUAAUUUAAGUUAUUUUGCGACUUAUUGGUAUCGUAAUAAUAGGUUAUUGUUUGUGUAAAUUAAUUGAUAUUCCAAGAACCAUAGCGUGAAGAGGGCGUUAUGGUAUUCUUAACAUAGAAUCGAUCGAGAUUUUCUUAUUUUCAGAAUCACUGAUGAAAAUAGUAGAUAAUAAUAAUUAAUAUCUUUAAUUAAUAAUUAGUUUACAGUAAAUUUAAAUUGUUGUUUUCAAGGAAAGUUUAUAUACUAUACUUAAAACUUACGUAUGAGUACUUAUAGUAUGAGUCGUAUGAUAAAUAUUAUACCUAUAAAAUGUGUGUUUUUAAAUUGUAUAGGUAACUUUCUAUGGUGCGCGGAAAAUAUAAUUUCAAUUCAUUGUCAUCGUAAUUCUUUGGUUAUUUGGAAAAAUAUCUAAGAAAAUUUAAUGAGAUUUUAUAAUAUUGUUAUAAAGUAUAUUGCAGAAAAAUGUGUAAUACAAAUAUUUCAUAUUAUAAAUCGCAUUAAUGAUACAUUCACGAAGAAUAUUUUUCUUUGCUUUUACAAUAGACGGAAAAUGCGACGUAUUGAAAAGGGAAAUGUAUUAUUAGUUUAUAAGCUACUACUCGUAUUUUGAUGGGAAAAAUAUAAUAUACCUAUCCAAGUUUGUAAAUAAAGUAUAAUAUUAGACAGGCAGGUCUCCUAUAAUGUUUUUUUUUCUCUAAAUAUUUUCAGGCCGCUGGGGUAAAAUAUUUAUUAUAAGAAUAUACGUCAUUAAUAAUUUUUAAAUAUUGGUGGGCGUGAACACUAUAUGAUUUGGAAAUUUUAGGGGAUCAAAGAAUAGAAUUAUUAUUCUAAACAUGGUCGAAAUAACGUUUUAUGAACUAAAGUAUAAUAUGUUGGUAGGUACUAGAUAUUCAAAGGGGUUAUAGAAAACUAUUUGGAAGGGCUUUGCAUAAUAUAGCGACAAAGGUAAUAGACUAAUAAUAUUAUGAUAUUUGAAACAGUUCGGUGUUCAUAAUCUUGUAAAACAUAAAGUUGGGUAUAACAAAAUAAUCAACUAAAAUGGCUAACUAGUGCAUACGCCCAUCGGUUUUUAUAUUUAUUUACUAAAAAAAAAAAAGAAAAAAAGAGAGCUGAUAUUAUUAAUAGAUGCGAUCCUGUUGUAGGUAGAAUACAUAAAUGUAUUUAAUUUGUACCUGUAAUCAAGGAUAAAUCAGCUAACGAAAAAUUUCAAGUCUCUUCGAAUAUCUGUAACUGACUUACAGCAAUAACCAAAAAAAAAAAAAAAUAAUAAUAAUAAAACUAUUAUUUUUGUAAAAUUUUCCAUUCUUUUUACAUUUUUUUUAAAUUUUGCUCAAUUAUCAAAAACCUGUACGAAAAAUCAAAAAAUGAUCUUUUUAAUGCAUUAACUAGAUCCAAAAUGCAAUAAAAUAUAUUUCUUUUGUCAUUUUUCGAUCGGAGCAAGAAUUUUGGUUGAAAAGUUAUUUUAACACAAAAAAUAUAAACCAUAGUAAAACUUAUGUAUUCCUUACUACGCCAGAAUCUGAAAAAAAAACACAUUAUUGUAAACAAAAAUCAAUAGAUCUUUCGUUAAGCUCCGAAUCUAAAAUAAUAAUAAUAAUAAUAAUAAUCAUUUUUAUUUGUAGAGUUGUCCAUGAAAAUGAAAUUGAUAACAAGCUAUCGUCGAAAAAUAACCAACCACAAACCGAAACCGGCCAAAAUGAUUCGCCUGGUAAAAUGGGAGUACUUUUUUUCAAACUUCGGUAAGUGCAAUAAAAUAUACAUUUUACUAACACGAACUUAACAGCUGCAGUAUAAUCCAUCACAUCACGACACUCUAUUCGCCAUCACUUUAAUGCAAAUUAAUUGUAUUUUUAAUAAUGCCAUAAAUCAUAAUUCAAAUUAUAAACAGAUUUAGUAGAAUUUUUUCCUAGGUCAAUUUUGACAAUGUAUAAUACCUAAUAUACUAUGUAUUGCAAUGCAUGUAAUUAUGAUGAACGUACGUUAGUGCGCUUUAAAAUAAUAUUUUAUUUUGUUUAUUUUAUUUUAUAAAUUGUGUUAUUAUAUAAUCAAAGCUCAAAGUUUACUGAAAAAAAUCUAAUGGCGAAGGAAAUAUUAAUUAAUAAAUUAAGUAUAUUCAAUAUCUCAAUAGUACUUGGCCGGUAAUCAUGUAUCUUAUAAUUGUAUUGAGUAUAAUUUUAUUCUAAAUAAAUUUGUUAAUUUUUCUUAAGUAUAAUAAAAAAAUAAAUCAAAUGUUUGUAGCAUAACUUAAUUAGCUUUUUUUUUCAUUACAGGUCAAGUUACCUGUAAUGAAAAACAAACAAUUAAAUUACCUGUACUGUAUAAAGUUUAAAUCAAAGGUACUAAAAUAUAUCUAAUCGAUUUGUAAAUUGUAUUUAUUUUUGGUGAAAAUAAGAAAUUAAAAAUAUUGACUCCGAUGUUUUUCAAGUGAUAUUUUCUGUAUCAAAAAAAAGAAUAGAGAUCGUUAACUUAAAUUAUGUUUUGAUUGGGCUUUGGUUUAUAAAAACGCUUGGCUAUAGCUUAUUUGCGCCCCGAAAGAUUUGGACAGAUGCGCUUUAAAGAUGAAGUACUGCCUGCCUAUGUAUAUUCCAUAUGCACCAAUUUCGCAUACAACGUUGUCAUCAAGAUUAAAUGCUCAUGGUCAUUUAAUUCUGAUCAUAGCAUGUAAUGUAUAUAUAGAUUUUUAAAAUCAACAUUGACGGUUUUAGUAGUACUUGUUAUUUUAGAAUCCAUUUUUUAAACGUGAAACUUGUGUUUGUAAUUUGUGUAACGUUGCACAACGCAUUCACAGAGAGAGCUGCCACGAAGUGCAAUUAAGAUGAAAUAAACAAAUAUACCGAUAAUAAGGGUGUAACGUAAAAUCUAAAAAUAGAUAAAUAGAUGUGAGAAAAGGUUAGUUCACAAUAGUAUUGAAUCGUAUUCCAGCAUACAAGUCGGCAACGUUGCACGGUUUUAACGAGUUUUCAUUAAACAUAUUUUGAAUACAAAUGGGAUAUGAUUUCGGGUUGCCCAUUCUCAAAUGGGCUGUAAAAAAGGUGUGAUGGCCGCAAGUGGGCUGCUCCGAAACGCUUUGCAUGGUGUGUUGAAAAAAUAAAUAUAUUUUGUUCCCGUUUAAGGCUGAACAAAACUGAAAUUAAAGAAUAAUAUUUAUCAUAUUAGUAUUAUACUGGUUUAACUUUAAAGACAACAUUUUAUUAUUUUUUAGGUAUAAAAAAGAUAAAAAAGUUCUUUUGGUGAAUAUAAAUAAAUGCAUGGAUUUGAUUCCGAAAGACAAAAAUUCUGGUACCAGCGAUCCUUACGUAAAAUUGCAGUUAUUGCCUGACAAGGAACACAAAGUGAAGACUCGAGUAUUAAGAAAAACCAGAAAUCCGGUGUACGAAGAAGACUUUACAUUUUUCGGAAUACAAUCAAACAAACUUCAAGUGAUAAAUUAAUAAUAGUUAAUACAUUAGUUCGUAAGGUUAUACUAAAAAAAUACAAUUUUUUCAGUCAAUGACUUUACACUUUGCCGUACUGAGUUUCGACCGUUAUUCAAGAGAUAGUUUAAUUGGUGAAGUUUUCUUUACUUUGAACGAAAAGGAUGUACUCGAAUCGAUUGAAAAAGAACAAAUAUCCGUUCAAAAAGAUAUCGUACUUCGUAGUGUAAAAGUAUGUAUUACAUGAGUUUUAUUUUUAUAAAUUGUGUAAAGGUUACUAGUAGACAUCUUGGGUACUAAAAAAGGUGAACAAAUAUUAUUUCAUGAUAUUAGAAAAAAAAAAAAAUAAAUAAUAGUAAUCGUAAAAAGUAUCGACAGCAAAUAUACUUGGAAAAUAUACCCGCACAAUAUGUAAUUCGUUUGAGUUCAAAAAUUGUAUAUAAGUUCAAAUAAGAGUAUACGAAUGUAUUAAUAUAUUUCUGAACGUUUUUUCUCUCGGUUCUUUUUAUAAUAAUGUAGUUGACCUAGAAAUGGAAUAUUUGUAAUGUCGUAUCGUUUUGGAAAUACCAGCGGUUUCGAGAUAAGUUUUGAAUACUUUACUUAAAUAGAUACAUUCUAGGCCUACACACUUUAGUAAUUCAGUAUUUUAUUAGUUUGUAAUAUUACGUUAACUUGUAAGGAUUUGUUAUUUGAUUAAACUAAACGAGUAUGUGAAUUUGUUACAUUUUAAAUUGAACAUUAAUUUAAUUUACGUAUUUAUAUAGCCAUACUUUUUAACGUUUAAAUGCAUUUAAAAAAAAUAAAAAUGUUUAUUUUAUUAAUUAAAAAUGAAUUAGUGCACAUUUAAAACCAAUAUUUAUUUAUGGUAUUUUGUUUUCUUUUAUCUGAAUGUUAAUGUGAUUUUGUUUUAUAAAAUAGCAUUUCAAUUGAUGCAGUAUUUCGAUUUGUUUUAGCAAUCCCAAAUUGCCAAUCGUGGAGAAUUGUUAGUAUCGUUAUGUUGGCAACCGGCAACAAGAAGGGUUACGGUAGUCGUAUUGAAGGCUAGAAAUUUACCCAAGAUGGAUUUGACUGGAUUGGCUGGUAAGUUUUUAAAAUUUAAAAAGAGAAAAAACAGAGGAUGUUAUCUAAGAAUUAUUUCUAUUAUUUUUUGUAUAUAUUCUUUUAAAGAUAAUUUACAAAAAUUUGACGAAUGAUAAAAUGUUAAUAGUUGUUUGUAGGGACUGGUUUUUGAAAAAUUAAAAAAAUUCUUCUUUCCGUUCUCGGUAUUGAUACCGAAGAAUAAAGAACACUGACCCAUCUCUAGUUGUUUAUUUUAAAUUGACGAGGACUUCAAUAAAAUAGUUUUAAAUAGUAAAUUAAAUAAAAUUUUUUUUUUUGUAUUCGUUGGUUAGUUUUUAAAUAUGUAUUAAUUAUAUGAGUAUGUAAUUAUUUUUAGAUAUUUUAUUACAUAAUAAUAUAGAGUUUGUUGUGUAUUUAAGAUCCGUUUGUGAAGAUCAAUUUCUUAGUCGACGGGACCCGCAUAUCGAAGAAAAGGACUCAUAUGAAGAAACGUACAUUGAAUCCCGUCUAUAAUGAAUCGUUUGUGUUUGAUUUGCCUACAUCAGUCGUCGACUUGCAUAACGUGUGCAUUGAGUUCUGUGUCUUUGAUCACGAUAGAGUCACUAAAAACGAAGUAAGUAAAAUAAAAAAAAAAAAAAACGAGCUGAUACUGUUGAUGGGUAUGUCACAGUUUUAGGAGAGAAGUCUUAAGGAAGGAUAUAUCGAAUAGUUUAAUAAUUUGUAUCUGCAUGCAAAGGUAAACUAUUGCUAACGAAAAACAAUUCUGAGCAGAUUAUUAUAAUUAUCUAGUUAUAUAUUUUCCUUUGUUGUCAAAGUAAUCCAAAAGUCAACAAAAAUUUGACAGUUCAAAUUAUUUUUUUUUUUUAUUAAUAAAUAGGCCCUCGGCAGCAUAGGCCAUUGGGCCGUUAGUUUACAAUUAUUGUGUAUGAUAAUGACAUAUUAUUGUGCACUUAUUCUAAUUAAUCUAGUUUAUUAUAGGUUUUUAAAUCUUAGUUUGGAGUUUGACCGCUGUGAUGAAUUCGAUGAUAUUGGAUAUUGACUGAUGGUUAUUUUGUAGUAUUUCCGCUAUUGAAUCAGUGAGGUUGAAAAAUGUUCUCGUGUUUUGGUAUAUUCGGCAUUCAGUGAGAAUGUGUUUGAUGGUGACAUGAACGCCAUAGGUUGUGGUUCUUCCUUGGCCAUUAGAAAACUGGGAGAUUUGAGUGUGUCCGAUUCUAAGUCUUGUUAGUAUAACUUCAAAUUUUCUUGGUAUUUCUGUGGGAAACGUCCAAUUGUCUAUAUUAUGUUUGAUUUGGUUAAGUUUAGUGUGGUAUGAUGUCCAUUUCUGGUGCCAUCUUAGUGGGAAUUUAUUUAUUAUCAAAAUUUGUAUGUUCUUUGACAUAGUGAUUUGUGUAGACAAUGAUAGUGGUGAGGAGAUUGCGGCUUUUGCUGCGAGUUCAGCGAGCUAAUUUUCUUUUAUGUUAGAAUGUCCGGGAAUCCAAAAAAGUUUGACUUUGUCAUUGUUGUUGUUUUGGAAGGUGUAGAUUUUAUUUUGAAUAUGUAGGUCAAUGUCUGAUGGAUUAUAUGUAUUUUUGUUACUGUAGUUCAACUUAUUUACUAAUGAAACUGCCUAUAAAAUAAAAAAAACAGACAUACUUCGUACAUGGGUGCAGCCACCAGCCACUGUUGUAGGUGGAAAGUUCGGAAGGUAGGAUACAGAAGGCAAUUUAAUGUGUAUCUGUAAGCAACGAUAAACCAUUGCUAACGAAAAAACGAUACUGAGCGGAGUUCAAUUGAUAGUGAUGCUUUAUCAACAAUAUAUAUAUUAUGGUAAAAUAAUUAAAUAAGCAUGGUUAGGUACAAUAUUUUCUUUAAUAAUAUUUGUGUAAUAUUGUACCGAUUUUCCCGUCUUUACUACGUUUUUUUCCGGUUUUCCCAGAUGUUUUCAUUUGCUGAGAAAACUCAUGAGAAAAUCAAAAAUAACUUCCCUUAAGUACCUCCCCAGUCCGAUUUUCUUUCAAAAAAAGUGCUACACUUAAAAACCGGAGCAAAAUUUCCGGAAUAAAAGUUGUGCACAGAUAAAAAAAAAUAUCUUUGUAAAACCAUAAGCAUCUUCGGUUUACUCAGAAUCUAAAAAUUACCCUCCCUAGUGCACCAACUAGAUCAAAAUAGUAUAAGAAAGUUCCAAUAUAAUUUUGAUUAUAGUAAGAUUUCUGUUAUAAAAGUUGUUUAUAGAUACAAAAAGGAAAUGCUGAUACUCCUGAUGGGUAUGCUUCACUGUUAUAGGUGGGGAAAUGGGAAGGUAGAAUACAUGAAGUUGUUUAAUAUAUAUUCGUAUGAAACGAUGUAUCAUUGCUAAUGAAAUACAAUUCUGAGCGAAGUUGUAUCUUGUCCAAGGCUAUACUUUUUAACAUACAUAUUUAUUACAAAAUAUAAUAUAUGCAAAUAAUGCAUAUAAAUCAUUGAAUAAUUAAUAUCUAAUCGAGAAAUAAUUAAUAAUUAAUUGACGAACAUUGUUUAUGCAGAUUAUCGGACGAGUUUUGAUGGGACACCCGGACAAUCCGUCAGUAAGCGCCGAACGUCACUGGAAAGAAGUAAUGAAUGCGCCCAGAAGACAAAUCGCUGACUGGCACAAAUUAGUCGUUUGAAUCAACGAAAAACCGAGAACAAGGAUAUUACAACAACAAAUAAAUAAUGCUAUUUAUAUUCUUCCUAAAUUAUUGGUUUUAAUUUCCAUUUUGUACCGAAAAUAUUACCUCUAUAAGUGGAUAAAUAUCCGUUAUAGUUAUAUAUUCUAAAGACUACUAUAAUAUCUACAAUAUUAUUAUAGAUCAUUAUUUGUGUCCACUGUAGAUGUUUUACCAAUAGACCACAUAUAAAUUAUGUAUCCGUUAGGUAUAGGUCGUUGGUAUAAACACAGAACGACAUAACGGUAUGAAGUAUAUAAUAUUGUUUAAUUUUAUUUUAUUAUACGUAAAACUGUACCAAAUUACCUAUACAUAUAAAACAGGGUGUGAUGAAAAUAAAACCAAAAAAAAAAAAAAAAUAUCCAAAAGUUGUAAAAGGUGAAAAUAAAUUUCGAGUCGACAUUUUUUCCGACCUGUUAUAUUUUAUAAUUUAUUUAUUUAUAUUAUAUAUCUCGGUCUAUUUAAACGUGUGGUGAUCUAAAAAUCCACUUCAUUUUUAGGGAGUAAUAAUUAUCGUCGUAAAUAUAAUAAACCUAUAUAUAAUACCUAUAUACAAAGAAGCUUUUGCAUGAAUCGAUAUUAUAAUAUAAUAUUUUAAUAACUGUAUUGUAAAUCGAAAUAAUAUGUUGGCGAUUCUAAUAAUAUUAUCGUAGUGUAUAGGCUAAAUUAUCACGCAAAGAGCAUACACAUAUAGUUACAAUUAGAAAACAAAAAUGUAUUUAAGGGACCUCGUCACUAACAUUUGUGUUCUCCGUCUGUCUCGCACAGAAUUUAGCAACAAAGGCAUUUUGCAUUUCUAUGGUUAUUACUUGCUGGUCGAGUCGGUGGCCAAACGGGACCUAUUAAAGUAAAUUUUGUAAGGAAGAGUAUUUACCAUAGAACAUUACGAAUGGUUAUAUUUAAUGUUUUAAUUUUUUAAUACGCGGUAUUCACUGCUUAAGUUAACAGCAAAUUAAAACGCGCUUACCUAUAUUGAUAAACCUUCGCCCAAUUGUACAAUUGUAUAAAAAUGCGAAAUUCUUUUAUUAUUGUCGCUGUUACGUGCGAGACAGACGGAGAAAACAAACAUUAGUGAUGAGGUGUCUUGAUACAAUUAUAAAAUUAAGUCAUACAAUAUUUAGGUACUCACACUCACUCGUACACACAAUAUAACAUACUAUAGUACUUACGGAUACUCACAUACAUCAUGUAAAAAAAAUAAAACACACACAUAGGUAGUUACGUGAAAAAAGUAUGAUAAUAUUAUUACGGUAUAUAUAUAUACAACACAGUAUCAAUUAUUACAUGAAAAUGAUAAAAUAAUUAGGUACCUGAUAUUAUAAUAUUAUGUCUAUAAUAUGCAGUGGUUAUUUUUGGUAUUAUUAAACUUACAUUUUAGUUCAUUAUUAUUAACAAAUACAAAUAAAAAUAGUAGUUUUGUUUUAUUUUUUUAAAACUAUUAUGAUAGAACAAAAUAUAAUUGUACGCAUUGAAUUUUAUAUAGCUUUAUCAAUAAUCUUAUCAAUAUAAUAUAUACAUUAUACAUUACGUUAAAAAAUAAAUAGUUUAUUGUAUUAUUAUAAUUUAUGUUUUUUAAUGUAUUGUAUUAGAUUCGUAAGUUUAAUGGAAUAUACAACUAAUAUGUAUAUUAUAAAUUAUUAAAAAAAAAUAUAGUAAUUUGUAAUAGGUAUAUAUUAUUAUUAGCAUUUGUGUUACGCUUUUUUUAGAAUUCGAGUUAAAUAUAUUAUUAUAAAAGACGGCUUUUAUACCGUAGGCAUAUUUUUAUUAACGCUUAAAUCAUUUUUGAACAAAUAAUAUGAACAUACUAAAUAAAUAAAUAAUAUGUAACGAAAUACAAGUAUUUUAGAAGAAAAAUAAUUAUAUUUUUUCUGUAUUAUUUAUAGUUUGCCACUAUUCGUUGUGUUUACACAUAUUAUUAUGUUUAAAUUUAUUUUAGAUACCUGACGAAAUAGACAUAAUAUUGGACGUAUCACCCAUAUGUAUAGUAACUACUGCUAUUACAAUUCACUAUAUAUCUUAUACAUACAUAUAUAUUAUAAUAAAUGGUUAUUUAUUUAGAGAUUACAAGGGUGAUUUUUAUUAAAAAACCGAUAAAUAAAUAAUAUUCUAGUUUGUUGUAGUUUGAGUCCCUCGAGAGACAUAGUAACACGCGGGCCCUGAUUUAGAUAUUAAUCAUUUCAACAUUGCGGGCCUCUAAAUUUUAUUUUAUUUUUUAAAAUAAAAUUGUAUUGUUACAAUUAUUAUAAUUAGAUAUUUCAUUUAUAAGAACAUUAUAGAUUUUUUUUUAAUCUGUUCGCAUAAUCAAUAUUUAUGUAGCUAAAUAAAUUAAAAAGUAAAAAAAAAAUAUUUAUGGGAAAAAAUCAUUAUAAAGUACUAAAAUAGCCAAAUAAAAUCCAAAUACACCUUAGUAUGUGAGUUCUAGUCAGUGGUUAGAUAUGGUAAUUCAGUGGCGGCGCGAAGUAUUUUUGCUUUGAAUCGCGGAUUUAAUUUUCCACCAACCUUACUACAAAUUUAUCAAAUUUUUGCAAUCUAAAAUUAUUUUAAUGAUUUUUAUUUUGCAACAACAACAAUGAUUUUUGUUAUAUUUCUGAACACUCAGGCAUCCGAAAUACCCAUUCGGUUUUUUGUGAAUCACUUGAUUCAAACAUACCUCUUUUGCGCCACCACUACCGAAUAGCUUUUACAUUCAUCGAAAUAUUGUGAUAGGAAUGUAAAAUAAUAAAACAUGCAUUUAAUGUUAAUCCAGCUUCUGUUAAUCAGCGGUAAUUUCGUUUCUUCCGAAUUAUGAUAAAUACCUAGCUAUAAAUCUAAUUUUAUUUGACUGUUGUUAGUGGGGUUCUCCUACUCUUUUUAAGUGAGCCCAGUAUAAAUAUGACCAUGAAAUCAUGGCCAGAAUUAUCGGGACCGUACUUAUUUUCCCCAAACGUAUUGUAUUUUUUUUUAACAUGGUAUGUUUUAUAUUUUCAUAAAAGUAAAAAAAUGUACCGACGCUAAAAUACUUUUUUUGUUUUAGCUCUAUAAUAUGUAGAUAUUACUUUAGUUUUACC